UCCACCGUCACGUGGGGGACUCCAUUUCCUCCAUCACCAUCCACCCCAGAGCCAACAAGGCUUGCACCAAUAAUACAGGGACAGGGGCGGACUGACAACACAUGGGGGCCCUGGGCAAUAGGGGAUCAUGGGGCCCCUGUGUUCUUGCCCAAACUCAAAAAGCUUAUGAAAAAGGUACCAGGGCCAUCUCAUGGGGCCCCCAACUGACCCCGGGCCCUCGGGCAGUGCCCGAGUUUCCAAAUGGUCAGUGCGCCCCUG